AGACUAAACGAGGAAGAGCACCGGAAGCAGAUCAAGAAAAGAAAAAACGCGUUUAACCCCAACGUUCCUUGCUCCUUCGAUGACGAAAUCGCGUUUAUAGCUAACGUGGCGUGUGAAAUAAAAUCUAAAAUUCUCAACAGUUACAACUCGCAACAACCCCCACCCCAUAUAUAUACUCCAACCUUUCUCACUCUUUAUAUUAAUUAUUCAUUAUAUAUAAUUAUUCUUAAAACACUUUGAUUCCAUCACCAUCAUCGUCAUCAUCAUCAUCAUGGUUCGUUUCAGCAACAACCUGAUUGGAAUCUUGAACUUCCUCACCUUCCUCCUAUCGAUUCCCAUUCUGGUGGCUGGUGUGUGGCUCAGCAAACAAGGCAGCAGCGAAUGCGAGCGAUGGCUCGAGAGACCCGUCAUUGCUCUCGGCGUUUUCCUCAUGGUGGUUUCACUCGCCGGGCUCAUCGGCGCGUGUUGUCGCGUGUCGUGGCUCCUUUGGUUCUACCUCCUUGUCAUGUUCUUGCUCAUUGUUCUUCUCUUCGCUUUCACCAUCUUCGCUUUCGUUGUUACCAACAAAGGCGCAGGUGAAGCUUUUUCUAAUAGAGGAUAUAAGGAGUAUAGGCUUGGGGAUUACUCUAAUUGGUUGCAGAAGAGGGUUAAUAACACCAACACGUGGAACAGGAUCAAGAGUUGUUUGCAGUCUGGGAAACUCUGUUCUGAAUUCCAAUCUAAAUUUCUCAGCGACAACGUUGAUAAAUUCUAUACCGAGAACUUGUCUGCGCUUCAGUCUGGAUGUUGUAAACCUGCAGACGAGUGCCAUUUUACCUAUGAGAAUCCAACUACAUGGACUAAGGGACAGAAUGCUACUUACACCAACCCUGACUGUGAUGCUUGGAAUAACGAUCCCAACAUUCUGUGCUUCAAUUGCCAAUCAUGCAAGGCUGGCUUACUCCAAAACCUCAAGACUGACUGGAAGAAGGUGGCUAUUGUGAACAUCAUAGUCUUGGUCUUCCUCAUAAUUGUCUAUUCAAUUGGUUGUUGUGCAUUCAGGAAUAACAGGAGGGACAAUUGGAAGGGUCGUUAGAUUCAGUAUUAGCAUGUAGAGCACCAAGGCCAUAUGGUUUAUAUGCAGCCUUUUUUAUUUUUCUAUGUAUGCUGGACUGUUUUCAGUACAGUUCUUUUGCAGUUUUUUCUUUCCUAGUACCAUCUGUAAGUAGAUAAUGCUUUUGGACACACCUCAUUUCCUUCUGUACGAACACCUGAUAUUGUCCAUAUCUGAACAUUCACCCUCUACCUAAUUAAUGGUCUAGAAGUAUUUUAGAUUUUUGUGUUACCCGAUCAAAUUAUAUUGAUGUGUGAACUGGUGCAUUUCCAAAGUGUUAAUUGUCUAAAAGGGACAAAGUUAUACAAUGCCUAGAACAGAUAUUUUUUUUGGUUGCUGUCAGGCACACAAAUUGAC